UUUUAUAGGUUAAGUCGAAAGUUUAAUAUAAUUACAUUUUAAAAGAAAAAUGUGAUAUUGAAAUAUUACAAAUGUUUUGUAAAAAAUUAAUAAAGUGUACUACAAUGGUAUAUAAAUAUAAAAAGUCCUCCUUUCGUCCUAUAAUAAAUUAUGUUAGAACCGUUCAUACAUCGUUAACAAAUUAUGAAGAAAAAAAGGAAAAAAGCCAGAAAGCUGUUGUUCAUAGAGACUCUUUUCAAGAAAUAGAAAAUAAAAAUAAGAAUACGUAUUUGGAAAUGGUUAAAAUCUUUGUUAAUAGAGAUAAUGUGUACCGAAGAGGUCAUGUUGAGUUUAUUUAUUCAGCUUUAAAAAAUAUGGAGGAAUUUGGGGUUCACAAAGAUUUGGAGGUAUAUAAAGCCCUUAUAGAUGUUUUACCAAAAGGGAAGUUUAUUCCAACAAACGUGCUCCAAGCAGAGUUCAUGCAUUAUCCGAAACAACAACAGUGUAUUAUAGAUCUACUUCAACAAAUGGAAGACAAUGGUGUUAUGCCUGAUUUUGAAAUGGAAGAUCUACUUCUCAACGUUUUCGGUAAAAGGGGGUAUCCUUUGAGAAGGUAUUGGAGGAUGAUGUAUUGGAUGCCAAAGUUUAAAAAUCUAUCUCCGUGGCCUGUACCAGAGCCGUUACCAACAGAUACUUUCGAAUUAGCUAAAUAUGCUAUAGAACGAAUAAGUAGUGCCGAUGUUAAUUCUGUGGUAAAAGUGUAUUACAGUGCAGAUAUUACAGACUCCAUAGAUGAUACUUGGAUUGUGAGUUCUCAAAGUAAAAGUCAACAGAGGUUAUUGGCAGAAUAUAACGUUGAGGAACCAGUUUUUGUGGAGGGUUCUUACACAGUGUGGAUUAAGGGAAAUCCAAUAAAUUAUUUUAUAUUGAGGGGAAAAGCAAAACCAAUUAUAGACGAGGAGUUAGAUAUAGAUGACGUUAGCAAAAUUGAGGUUCCAAAAUUUUAUUUAAAACCACCUAUCGCUAAAAAAUUAAAAAUUAUUCCAUUGGUUCACGAACAAGAGGAUGGAAUUAUAUUUUCUUUAUGUGCGACAGGUACCUCAAGUAAAGACUCUUUAUUGUCAUGGAUUCGACAUCUAGAGAAAGAUGGCUAUCCGAAUUUAGGUAAAGUGCCUGUCGUAUUCAAAUUACAUUCAGGGAUGAAAGAAGUAGCUACAGUAGAUAAUGAUGAGCAAGAAGAAAAGAAGGAAAUAGAGGAAAAGUAGACAUCUUUCAUGGAAGAAAUGUGAUGCUGAACGAACUAAAAUCAAUACAAAUGUUAUUUUUUUUAAAAUGUGGCAUUCUUUUCAGUUCUUGUAAUUGUAAAAAUAAUAAUUUUUUACAACAAUUCAUCUUGUUUUACCAACUUUAGUUGUUCAAAGUUGAAUUAGAUAAUUCAUCAAAACUAAUUAUUUUUUAUUUAAUUUAUGGAAGUAAACAAAAUUUUUACGAA